AUGAAUUAAUAGUAAAUUAUCCUGUAAAAUUUAAGUGAAAUCAUAAGAAAUAAUAAAAUUGAUUUAAUUAUCAAGUAUAUUGAAGUUAUUGUAUACUCUAUAACUAUUUGCUUUAUUCAGAAAGAUAUUAAGUUACACACAUUUUAUUAGAGUUCAUUAAUAGUUUUUAUUUAAGUAAAUAUACUUUUUUAUUACCAAAGGGAAUUGCUUUAACCCAUUAUUACUAACACAUUAUUUAUUAAUAUAAAAAGUAGAUCUAAAAUGAUGGAUAUAAUUGGAGUGCACCAUUUGAUAAUCCAUAAACUUAUCAUUCUGAUCAAUUAAAAAAUACCAUAAUCCUCUAUCACUCCAAUUUUAUGAUGGUUAAAAUUGCAAAUUUAGUGUAUUCAUCUUUAUUUUUAUUUAGUUUUGAAAUUGUUCUCUUCAUAUCAACCCCUUAUGAGAUUUAUAGAUAUUUAAAAACACCACUUAAUUCCUAUUCUAAUUUAAUACUUUUUGAAAUUACCUUAUACUUUGUUAGACGAGUAUAAUUGCUUGUAAUUCCAUUUCUAGGUUUAUUUAAAUUUGUUAUUUUGAUAUUAUUUCAGAGAUUAAGAAGAUAAAAUUUACCAAUAUUCUAGAAUCAAACCUAAACAAUCGAAAAUAUAGCUAUUUAGUUACAUGAAUAAGCCUGUUCAGAAAUUGAAUUAGAUUGUAUUAUUUGUUUACAGAAAAUUUCUGAUAAAUAUGUGAAGCUUUAAUGUGGUCAUUAUUUUCAUAAAGAAUGUAUUGAUAAUUGGAUAAAACAGAAGCAAAUUUGUCCUUUAUGUAGAUCCUCUAUUAAUUGA